AUGGCUUCAAAGCUCUCAACACUGCUGCUCUUGGCAGCAGUGCUUGGCGCCGCCAGCGCCAGCCGCGCAAUCGAGGAGCCCUCUGGUCGCCAGCUGCUGCAGGCACCCACCAGCGCCGACUGCGACCGCUCAGUGAAGCAUUGCACUGCUUGCCGCUACCAAUUCUACCGCGGCACUGUCACCAAGGCCAUCUGCACCAAGUGUGACACCGGUUACACUGUGAAGGCCAGCGGCCGCGCUUGCUACUGCGCGCCCGGCUACUAUACUACCGAGAACACCGCCGUGAGCGGUCAGACCGGCUUCACCUGCAUCCCCUGUGACUACAACAAUGUCUGCCCCGGCGCCAAGAUCACCGCCGAGUCCUCCACGGCCUUCGCGGCCUGCGGCGCCAACAAGAUCACCACCACGCAGUUCGCCAAGUCCGACCGCGAGUGCGUCGUCAAGCCCGGCUUCGGCUGGGGGACCGGCGACACCUCCGCCGCCUGCGACGCCGGCUUCUAUAACCCCGGCUACAACACCCGCAAGUGCACCAAGUGCCCCGGCGACCUGACCACACUUGGCACCAACUCCAACUCGACCCAGGACUGCCAGGCGCCCAUCGGCUCCUACUACCUGCGCGGCAAGGCCGUGGCCUGCGCCCGCGGCACCUACAAGACCUUUGUGGGCAACCAGGACUGCACGUCGUGCCCCACAGGCGUGACCACCGUCGCCGGCGAGGUCGGGAAGACUGCCUCUUCCGACUGCACAGUGCUGCUCCCCGGCUACCAGUUCGCGUCCGCCCCCACUGUUGGCACCACCGAUGCCACCGAGUGCGCCCAGGACUCGUACCGCGUCGGCGAGGUCUCCUUUGACGGGUCCACCGCCGUCACCUGCACGGCUUGCGGCAACAAUCUCACCACCCUCGCCAACGUCACCAAGGCCACCAGCCCGGAUGCUUGUUUGGCGCCCCCCGGCUACGGCUGGGCCGCCGGCGGCACCAACGGCGCCGGCGUCGCGACCCUGUGCCCGCUCGGCUCCUACAACCCCGGCUACAACAGGGAGCCCUGCGUUAAGUGCGGCAACGGCACCAUCACCACCGCCGCCCCCGGCGCCACCAGCGCCGACCAGUGCUACACGCCCGCCGGCCACGGCAACAAGCGCGACGCCGUCAGCGGCGUGCUGGAGGGCUACGAGUGCCCUCUCAACACCUACGGCCGCCCCAACAACACUUUCGGCCUCGUGGACGUGGAGUGCACCAAGUGCCUCGAGAACACCCACACCAACCAGACCGCCUCGACCCGUGCUUCCCAGUGCCUCACCAACGCCGGCUAUGGCUACGACAACGGUGCCGUCAACCAGUGCGCGUACGGCUACUACAACCCCGGCGACAACCAGAACCCCUGCACCUACUGCGGCGACGGCUUCAACACCACCAACAGCGCCAACGCCACCAGUGGCGAGCUGGGCUCUGACGCCGCCAGCGACUGCAAGAUCGACUUUGGCUACCACCUGUUUGGCUCCUCCGCCUCCAUCGAGCCCUGCCUGCGCGGCUUCUACAAGGGCUUCAUCGGCAACGGCUCCUGCAGCCAGUGCCCCGCGGGCACCUCCACCACCAUUACGAUGGCCGCCGUUGCCCAGACCGACUGCGACACGUGCCGCCCCGGCUUCGGCACCGGCACCGCCGACGGCAAGAUCGCCCUCGGCUCGCUCUCCAACUCGUCGUGCAGCCUCUGCGCGUCGGGCACGUACAGCCCCGGCUUCACCCAGGGCGGCGCGAACUGCACCGCCUGCCCCACCACCCAGAACUUCACGGGCACCAUGGUCUCUCGCAGGGGCACCUUCACCCCCGAGGACUGCUUCGGCCAGUUCAUCACUGACCCCACCAACGAGCAGACCUUCACCGCCUGGGACUUCAUCUACCAUCCCCCUGGCACCAACCUCACCUACAAGUCGCUCUACACGAGCCUGUCCGCCUGCCAGACCAACUGCGGCCUCGACAACAGCUGCCAGUACAUGGUCUUCUACAAGACCGGCGGCGCCGACGGCGACGGCAUCAACAAGUGCUACUGGCGCACCGUCGGCACCGACAUCAGCGCCAUUCAGAUCACGGGCGACGGCACCGCUGCCUGGUGGGACAACCCCACGGAGAACAUCGUCCUCUUUGAGAUCAAGGAGGGAGCGUACGUCGUGUACCCCAAGGUCCUCGGCGAGACGAUCGGCGUGACCAUCUCCCUGAUCGGCUCCCCCUCCACCACCAACUUCAAGGCCAUGCGCACCGCCUGCGACCUCGACGCCACCUGCAUCGGCCUCACGCACGACAUCGGCGGCGUCUGGAGGGCGUUCGGCGGCAGCCUGUUCGAGGACACCAUCGGUAAGAUCCGCGUCGUCGGCACCGCCAUCAACUCCUGGAUCGCCGAGCCCACCGGCACUGAGGAGAACGAGGGCUGGUCGUCCGUGCCGCUCAUCGGCUAG